AAAUGAAGUGUGCGCAUGCGCUCCAGCGCCACGCGUGCGCAGUGAGAUUUCCUCCGCAUCUCGCGCCAAACUCAAGCUCGACUGGAAGUGUCAAACAUGUCUAAAAAGAAAGGACUUAGCUUGGAAGAGAAAAGAAGUCGUAUGAUGGAAAUAUUUUUUGAAACUAAAGAUGUGUUUCAGCUGAAAGACAUUGAAAAAAUUGCCCCCAAAUCCAAAGGAAUCACUCCCAUGUCAGUGAAAGAGGUGUUGCAGAGUCUGGUGGAUGAUAACAUGGUGGACACUGAGAGGGUGGGCACCUCCAACUAUUACUGGGCGUUUCCCAGUAAAGCCCUGCAUGCCCGUAAAUGCAGAUUAGAGGAACUGGAGAGACAACAUGAGGAUGGGAAUCAGCGCAAAAAAGCCCUUCAGCAAGCAGUUGAUAAAGCCAAAGUGGGACGUGAAGUUAAUGAGGAGAGAGAGAAUCUCCUGAAGGAGCUCACAGCAUUGAAACAACAGAGAGAUCAGCUAAAGGCCGAACUGGAGAAGUACAAAGAAUGUGAUCCAGAGGUGGUGGAAGAGAUACGUAAGGCCAACAUCACAGCUAAAGAGGCCGUGUCGAGGUGGACGGAUCAGAUUUCAGCCAAGAGUCAAACACAAGAUAAUGUUUUUGCAAUCAAAUCCUGGGCAAAGAAGAAGUUCGGCUUCGAGAACAGCAGCUUGGACAAAGCUUUCGGAAUACCAGAGGACUUUGACUAUAUUAACUGACCACAAAUUCACAGCCUCUUCGAUCUAAUGAUUGUUUGAUCUGUUCAACUCUGCACAAUCAGUAAGCUUUAUUGUCUUACAUCAGUUGGUUUUACGUUUUGUUAUCAGUUCUGCAUGUUCGAGACACAGCUGUGACUGACUUACAUUGUGAAGUGUGUGGUGUACAUUGUCAGCAGUGCCCCACCCUUGAAAUUUUAGCCUUGUCUAGUCCAAGGAAAACUUUAAGAUUGAUUUGGCAGGGUAAAAAGGGUAAAAACGCUCCUGGUGUGUAAGCGGAGAAGGUGUUGUGUUAACCCUCGGCUGCUCGGAGAUGCACCCUAUAACCAAACUGACUGUUUGGACACCUAAGCCUCGCAGAUACUGCUGGGAUGAUAAAUUGAGGUGCACAUCAAAGGUCAAUUCAAGGAAAUUAAUCACAGGUUAGAGUUUGUUUUAAAGAAGGUAAAAUUGUUAAUAGAAAAAAAAAAGCUGUGACAAGGACACAUUUGGUUCUGUAUGAAGUAGGAAUGUGGUAUGAAGUCAUUUCAGAUGUUCAGGUCACUUCAGAUGCUUUCAUUUUUUUAGCUUGCUUUUUUUUUCCAUUAGUGGGCAUUUUUCACAGUGCACAUAUUGUGUAUCUUGUAAAUAUGAGAAAUGCUUUGUCAAUUGCUUUGUGUAAUAUGAUUUAAUAAAUGUACAGUUAUCAAGCA